AUAAGAGUAGUGUAAUUUGAGUCCUGCCAUCUGCCCUAAUUUUGAUAUCUGAACAGGUAAGCUCUGACGAGGGUAUGGCGUAGUGGUCUCCAACUCCUACUUGAUGGUUGAUCUUCUAUUGUAUGCGACAUCGCAAAUAACUGAUGCUGUGACGAUGAUUUUGUGUAAUGGCAGGCGAGAGCUGAUCAGGAGAACAUCCGCUGCGAGCCAUAGCGGGAUUUCCGUCUGAUUAGAAUCUCUCAGCUCUGAGUCAGGAUGAAUGCUCUGCUUAGACAGCUUUCAAGUUGCAGAAUUGUUAGGCCUAUUGCGGCGGUGGGUUGCAGGCCUCGGUAUGGUGCUCAACCAUACAACAGCCGAUCAGGCAUUGGCGGUGAAGGCGAGGCUUCCUACAAUGAAAAGAAAAAUUGGGCAUCCGGUCAAGGUGACACCAAGUUUGAGGUUUCCCGCUAUCAACAGACAUUUACUGAGCUCUCUAAACUAGGUGAGGGAGGUUUCGGUAAAGUUUUUCUUUGCCGCCACAAGAUUGAUCAACAACUAUAUGCUGUCAAGAAGAUUCUUACUUAUGUAUAUACACGGGAAGCGUAUAUACUGUCUGAUAUGGACCAUCCACAUAUUGUAAAGUUUUAUGAUUCUUGGCUGGAAUCGGGUGUGCUCCAUGUUCAGAUGGAAUAUUGUCCAAGUUCACUAGAUGAAUACCUAAAGAAAGAGGGCAUUAUUGAGCGGAGCUUGGCGGACAGAAUUUUUAUCCAGCUUCUGGAGGCUCUUGCCUAUCUGUCGGAGCAAAGAGUUCUCCAUCGAGACAUUUGCCCCGCUAAUAUUUUGAUGGAUGAUAAGAAAAAUGCAAAACUUGGUGACUUUGGACUAGGUAAACACCUAGUCGAUUGUGAAAAAGAGAGUAGAGUCUCCGAGGCAGAGGGGCAUACAUCAUAUAUGGCACCUGAGAUGAGGCCGAGAAAAAGGAUUUCAGAGGCUGCGGACAUCUAUAGUCUUGGCCUAGUAUAUUUCAGGAUGUUGUUGCACACUCAUGUGUGGGCCAAAAAUUCAAGCAUGGAAUCCAAAGUUAAUAAGUUUAGGACAGCUCGACGAAUACCAAAAUGCAUGGGAGGAAAUGCAGACAAAAAUGCAAUUACUCUCAUCAAGAAGAUGACUAGUUCGAAGCCAUGGGAAAGGCCAUCUGCAGUGAAUAUCUUGGAAGGGAUGAAGGCUCAAGCAGAUUUUGCGAACUACGAAUGGAUAGGAGAUGCGGACUCACCUGCAAGAGAGAGGUACCUAUACCAAAUCGCAAAAGGAAAUAAUUAGAAAGUAAUCAAACACGGGGUCAGUGGAUUGAUGAUUCUUCACCAUGGAUGGAUUCUAGAUAACACGACUACGCGCCACCAUUAUUAUAUUGGGGCCAAUGAUGUUAGGUUUCUCCACAAAAUAUUGCACAACUCCUUAAUUAGCUAGGAAAUGCAUGCAUGCACUCUUCUAAACUCAGAAAGAGUGGUUGAUAUAUAUUCCUAGUACGUAAAUCUAGGUGCUAUUGAACUUGUUAUGGAU